AUGGAUGACUCGGACGACCUCCUUGCCGGUGAACCGCCCACCAUCGAUCCGUAUGAGGUCCUUGGCUUAGAGCGCACUGCAGAUGAGGGCCAGAUCAAAUCUGCUUAUCGAAAGCUCGCUCUAAAAAAUCAUCCAGACAAAGUUCCCGAUGAUCAGAAACAGAAAGCCCACGAGGCUUUUCAGUCUAUAGCAUUUGCAUAUGCAGUGCUAUCCGACCCGGCGAGGCGCAAACGUUAUGACGAGACAGGCUCGACCUCCGAAUCUAUUGUCGACUCGGAUGGCUUCAGCUGGUCAGACUUCUAUCGAGAACAGUACCGCGACACAGUCACUGCUGAUGCGAUCGAAAAAUUCGCAAAACAGUACAAGGGUUCCGAUGAAGAAAAGGACGAUGUUCUAAUCGCAUAUGAAGAAUACAAAGGCAAUAUGGACAAGGUCUACGAAUCAGUCAUGCUCAGUGAUGUACUCGAAGACGACGAACGAUUCCGCGCGAUCAUAGACGAGGCCAUCGCCAAUAAGGAUGUCCCUGCGUUUAAAGCUUACACGAAGGAGAGCAAAAAGUCUAAGGAAGCCCGGGUCAAGGCUGCGAAGAAGGAAAGCGUCGAGGCCGAGGAGUACGCCAAGGAAUUAGGAGUGCAUGAUAAGUUAUUUGGCAAGAAAGAUAAUAAAGACGGCAAGAGUAAAAGCAAGAAGGGAUCGUCCGAAGAUGACCUAGCAGCACUUAUUCGCCGUAACCAGCAAGGUCGAAGCAAUUUUCUUGACAAUCUAGCGGCCAAGUAUGGCGCAGCACCGAGCGCUAAGAAGGGCAAGAAGCGUGCUAGUCCGGAAGAGCCUUCUGAGGAAGCUUUCCAGGCUGCGGCAGCGAGGUUGAGAAAGAAGAGCAAGAAGUAG